AUGGCAACCCUCCGGACUACCCUCUUUCGUCCCCUCCGCUCCAACACCCACAAGCUCUCUUCCAUUUCUCUCCCCCUCCGUCUUCAAGCCCUGAACUCCAAAAACUACGGUACUGUAUCAUCUAUUCCUCCUCAAGCUACAGAGAACACUGUUACAUCACAAAAAGAUGUUUACCAAGAAGCUCUCAAUGCAACUGAACCUCGCACCAACUGGACGCGAGAAGAAAUCAAGACCAUUUAUGAUAAACCAUUGAUGGAAUUAUGUUGGGGAGCAGGUAGUUUGCAUAGGAAAUUCCAUAUACCGGGAGCUAUCCAGAUGUGUACUCUGUUGAAUAUCAAAACUGGUGGUUGUUCGGAGGACUGUUCUUACUGCGCCCAAUCAUCACGCUAUCAAACCGGUCUCAAAGCUUCCAAAAUGAUCUCCGUUGAAUCCGUCCUCGCUGCUGCCCGCAUCGCUAAGGACAAUGGCAGCACCCGUUUCUGUAUGGGCGCCGCCUGGCGUGAUAUGCGUGGUCGUAAAACCAAUCUCAAAAAUGUUAAAACAAUGGUUAGCGAGAUUCGUGGCAUGGGCAUGGAAGUAUGCGUAACUCUUGGAAUGAUUGACGCGGAGCAAGCUCAGGAACUCAAGGAAGCAGGAUUGACUGCUUAUAAUCAUAACGUGGAUACUUCUAGAGAUUUUUAUCCAAAAGUCAUUACAACAAGAAGUUAUGAUGAAAGAUUGAAUACAAUCAAGAAUGUGAGGGAAGCGGGUAUUAACGUUUGCACUGGGGGAAUUUUGGGGUUGGGUGAAAACAAGAGUGAUCAUAUUGGACUUUUGGAGACGGUGGCUACGUUACCUUCGCACCCAGAAUCGUUUCCUGUGAACAUGUUGGUGGCCAUCAAGGGAACUCCACUGGAAGGAAACAAGAAGGUAGAAUUUGAAAACAUGUUGAGAAUGGUAGCAACAGCUCGAAUUGUCAUGCCAAAAACCAUUGUACGCUUGGCUGCCGGAAGAGGAGAAUUGAGCGAAGAACAACAAGUUCUAUGUUUCAUGGCCGGUGCCAACGCCGUAUUCACCGGCGAGAAAAUGUUAACAACACCUGCCGUUGGAUGGGGAGUCGACUCUGUUGUCUUCAACAGAUGGGGCUUGCGACCCAUGGAAAGUUUCGAAGUCGAUGCUUUGAAGAACGACAAGCCAGCUGCGGUUUCGACAACAGAGAUUCCAGUGGAGGAAAGCAAGGCAGAAAUGCCCGGUACGGUUGCAUGA